CCAACUGGAAAUGAGGAAAACAGUAUUUGCACGAAGUGGUAGGACAAAUUUACAUCCUGUUAGUACAUUCCAAUUUCACAUUCCCAUUAGUCUAGAAGCGUUACCGCGUGCUUAAAAUACAAAGAGUUUAAAAAUCUACCGUGCGCGCGAUAUUUAAAGCAGGAAAUGAGUGACACAACAUCGCGCCGGCAAUACCACCAGCUGGUGGUUUUGCAUUUAGCUUUUACUAUGUUAAUAAUUCUUUGUUGUAAAAUUAACGUAGCUAAUAGCGUUGAACUUACAUUCGAAUUGCCAGACAACGCAAGGCAAUGUUUUCAUGAGGAGGUGCUAAAGAAUCAGACGGUGAUGCUGGAGUUUCAGGUUGUUAGCGGUGGCAGGUACGAUGUCGAUGUAACUCUGGAGAACCCCACCAACGAAAUUAUCUAUCGGCAGAUAAAAAGUCAGUUUGAUUCCUACCAAUUCAGCGCUGCAGCCACCGGUGUUUAUACUGCAUGUUUCAGUAAUGAGUUCUCUACCUUCUCACAUAAAAUCGUGUAUAUGGACUUGCAAGUGGGCAAGGAACAGCCAUUACCCGGUAUAGAGGAUCAUACGACGGUGUUAACACAGCUGGAAACGUCGGCCCAAGACAUCCAUAAAAGGCUGAAUGCUAUCCUAGACUAUCAAACCCAUCACCGGCUAAGAGAAGCACAAGGUAGGAAGCGAGCUGAAGAUUUGAACGAACGUGUCUUGUGGUGGUCGCUGGCAGAGACGGUUUCCAUCCUGCUUAUAGCCAUCGGGCAGGUGCUGGUAUUGAGAAACUUUUUCUCGGAAAAGAAACCUAGCCGAAUGAAUUAUCGUCUUGUGAAGUCUUAACUAUGCCUGCAGUAUAAUGACCACGAGUGCAUUAGGCCAAUUUUAAUCGAUCGUUUUAGAAUGAAUGUUCUAUUUUACCCUUCCCAUGUACAGGUUGACGGUAUUAGGUUCUUUUUAACGAAUUCCCACAAUACUUGCUUAUCCAUCUAAUAUUUGUUAAAAGCUCCAUUGACGUUGAAAUUUUGGUCCACCAGUCUAGUCUGAAUUGAAAAGUGAAAAUAUUAACAAUUUAGAAAAGAUACAUAAAGAAAUGUAUGCACAUGUAUUAAGCACGGGUAAUUUGGGUCCUCUGGGGUAGACCGCUAGUUAUGAAACAAAAUAUUUAUCAUAAGCAUACAGUGUACACGGGAUGCACACGUGCAGAACAACAUCAUUCUAUAUCAACUGUUAAAUUGCGAAAUCAUUCCAAUUAUUGCUAGAGAGACCUCUUGCUACAUUUUAUUACCAAGCCAUUACGCUGCAAGGCCAGUUAAGACAAAACAUUGCUCUGUAACGUGAUGCAUGUGUUACGUUUCCGUACUAAAGUUUUAAGUUGACAAGAUUUUAUCUUUCCUUUUGGGGUGAGUGUAAAUUAUUUCUAUGUGCUACAGUGUAAUGUAUGUUUUUCGUCUGUAAAAGAAAAAUAGAGCAAAAAAGGAAACGAUUUGAUUCUUUUCCUCGAUUAUAGAACAAUUAAAAGUAGGGUGCUAAGGAGGGACGACUGUUGUUGUACAGAAAUAGAAUUUUUGUUAAUAUGGAUAAUAUUUUUUUUCAAACGAUUCAAGGUGUGGGGAAUGUAAGAAAAUUUUAACAGUAAGUGAUGAAUA